AUGAAAAAAGUGAUAAGACAAUCCUAUCCAAAUUACAUCGUAACCUUUGAACCAGAAAGUAACAAUAAGGAGAAUGUGUACCAUAAGCCUGAUUGUAAAGUACAAAAAGAAAAACAGUGGGGUAGAAAUGCCACCCUUCGUUUAAUAGAACUCCGAAAACAAUACGAUGAUGACUUCAAAUCAACAACCAAAAGAAACGACGAAGUUUGGGGGCAAAUAGCCUCUGACAUGCAAGAGGAAUUUAAUGUAAGUUUGACUCAGUGUAAAGACAAAUGGCAGUAUCUGCGAAAAUGUUAUAUUAAAAAGAAAGAAAACAUGGGGGCCUCAGCUACCGGGUCAAGCCCAGCAAAAUUUGAAUAUUUUGAAGAAAUGGACGAUUUUCUGGGACAAAAACACAGUGUUACUCCAAAAUUUGUAGCUUCUUCUAGUAAGGGAAAUCAGGCCCAUGGAUCUGACGACACCAGUGCUCUAAAUGAUUCAGAUAGUGAUGUGUCUGCCAGUAAACGUAAAAAGCGUAAAAUCGAAACACCAAAAGAAGACAUACUGGUGGAUUUGGUAAAAAGCUACAAAGAAAAUGUGAAAAAACGAGAUAAGACCGCCAGAUAA